AUGAGAGCAACACUUCUGGUGAUAACUCCGUUCGGACACAACGUUCCCGUCGAGUAUUACGUUCAACAGUGCGGCGCUAUAUUCGGGCCGCAAAUCACGGGUCAAAGCAUUAAGAAAGCGGUCGACCGGACAGUCGCCACAUACGGGGGACUAAAGCCCAACGUAACUAACGUUGUGUUCCCUAACGGAGCGCUUGACCCCUGGAAGGCCAGCGAUCUUUAA